AUGGCCUCCGUAGAGGAGCCAAACGAUAGAAUAGCCAAGUCGCACAUCACUACGAACGUGGAAGUAGAGCAGGGCCAUCUAGACGAGCUACCAGAAGACAUCGACGAAAAAGUCGAAUACGACUAUGAAUCUGAACGAUCGCCAUUCCCGGAGGUUCGAGCUGUCGUACCUGAGACCGAUGACCCAGAGCUGCCAGUCAACACUGUGCGCAUGUGGGUUCUGGGUAUUGUGUUCACGAUUCUUGGGUCCGGUAUUAAUCAAUUUUUCUCGCUGCGAUAUCCAUCCGUACACAUUGUUUCGCUCGUCGCAGAGUUGCUUGCCUAUCCCUGUGGCGUAUUCCUCGCCAAGGUAUUGCCAGUGACAACAAUUAAUCUCGGCCCAUUGGGAUCCUUUUGCCUCAACCCAGACCAUCAUUUCAAUAUCAAGGAACAUGCCAUGAUUGUGAUCAUGAGCAAUGUGUCCUUCGGGUACGGAAGCGCAGACGCAACCAACAUUAUUCAGGCCGCUAGCCCCAAGUUCUACAACUUCGGCCUCAAGGCGGGGUUUUCUGUUCUAGUCGUUCUAUGCGCACAACUUCUGGGCUUCGGUGUUGCCGGGCUAGCUGCGCCCUGGCUGGUCGAACCGGCGAGCAUCAUCUGGCCCCAGGUAUUGUCCAAUUGCGCCAUGCUGGAGACCCUGCAUUCACGCGCAAACUCCGUUGCCAAUGGUUGGAAAGUAACCCGGCUGCGCUUCUUCCUCUAUGUGACUGCGGGCGGCUUCGUAUGGUAUUUCUUCCCAGGUCUGAUGUUCACUGCGUUGUCGUACUUUACAUGGAUCUGCUGGAUCGCGCCGCGCAAUGUCGUGGUGAAUCAACUUUUCGGAAUGCAGACCGGGCUAGGACUGAGCCCUAUUACGUUUGAUUGGAGUCAGGUUGCGUAUAAUACAAACCCACUGCUCUCUCCGUCGUGGGCGGCCGUGAAUGUGUUUGGCGGCUUUGCAGCCUUCUUCUGGAUCGUCGUUCCAGGCAUCUAUUAUACCAACACCUGGUUUACAUCAUAUCUCCCCCUGAUGACCAGCGACGUGUACGACAGGACCGGCGCCGUUUAUAACACAAACCGCGUGAUCAGCCCGCAGAGCACAUUGGACCUUGAGGCGUACAGAAACUAUUCUCCCCCGUAUCUGGGAGCCACAUUUGCAUUCGUCUACGGCUUGUCCUUCGCCUCGAUCACUGGUGUGCUCACUCACAUCGGUGUCUGGCACCACAAGGAUAUCUGGGCUGCAUUCCGAGGCAAAAACAAGCUCGACAUCCAUGCGCGACUAAUGAAAUCGUACAAGAAGACCCCCUGGUAUUGGUACGCAGCCAUUAUCGUUGCCAUAACCGCCAUCUCCAUCGCCAUGGUCGAGGUGUACAAAACCAAUCUCCCGGUCUACGGCGUCGUUCUCGCCCUGGCAAUUCCCACCAUAUACAUGAUACCCUGCGGGAUUGUCCAGGGAAUCACCAACGUCAACUCCAACCAGCUGAACGUCCUGUCUGAAUUCAUCGGCGGCUACAUGUUCGAGGGUAAACCGCUCGCCAACAUGCUCUUCAAAAUACUCAGCACAGACGUCGUGGGCCAGGGUAUCUACUUCGCCAUGGACAUGAAACUCGGCCAUUACCUGAAGAUUCCCCCGCGAAGCCUGUUUGUAGCCCAGGGCCUAGCCACUAUCCUGGGAGCCCUGACCCAAGCGGGUGUCACCAUUUGGAUGCUGGGCCACAUAUCCGACAUCUGUUCGGAAGACCAACCUGACGGUUUCUCCUGUCCGAAUGGCAGAACGGUCUACUCGUCCUCGGUAAUCUGGGGCCUCGUCGGCCCUCGGCGUCUAUACUCCAUCGGGAAAAUCUACUCGUCGCUACUCCACUUCUUUUGGAUCGGCGCGAUCGCCCCACUGGUCACCUAUGCGUUGUAUAAAAUCACCAAGAAACAGUAUUGGAAAUACGUCAAUUGGCCUCUUAUCUUCACAGGAACAGCUAAUGUUCCUCCAGCAACGGGAAUCAACUACUCCAGCUGGGCCCUCGUAAACUUCAUCUUCAACCACUUCAUCAAACGCCGCUUCUUCGCCUGGUGGACCAAAUACAACUACGUCCUCGCUGCAGCCCUGGACACAGGCCUCGCACUCAGCGGCAUCGUCAUCUUCUUCUGUAUAUCGUACCCCGGCGCCGUAUUCCCCAACUGGUGGGGAAACACAGUAUACCAGAACACGGCCGACGCGGACGGCGUCCCAUAUAAGCCAAUGCCAGAGAUCGGCUACUUUGGUCCAGCGAAUGGAACAUGGAGUUAA